AUGGCUAUUCACGCGGCUGCCUUGAGCUUCGGCUGUGUCUCCUUGAAUUAUCAAGCUUCUGGGCCAUCCCGUAGGUUGAUGGGGCCAUCCGUUCUCCGGCAGUGCAAAGUCAAAGCACCUGUUUUCUCUUUGCCGUCGCCGGCUUCAUUUCCACGCUUCAGACUUCAAGGAAAAGCAUUAGAAAGUAAUGACGGGACAUUGGAAAAGGAGGAGUCUCUUGUGGUCUGUUUUGGGGAAAUGCUGAUUGAUUUCGUCCCAACCACAAGUGGGCUCUCCUUGGCUGAAGCACCUGCAUUUAAGAAGGCUCCUGGAGGUGCACCUGCUAAUGUUGCUGUUGGCAUAGCUCGCCUUGGCGGUUCAUCAGCUUUCAUUGGGAAGGUGGGUGAAGAUGAAUUUGGUUACAUGCUUGCCGAUAUUCUGAAGGAGAACAAUGUGAACAAUGAAGGAAUGCGGUUUGACCCUGGUGCUCGGACUGCUUUAGCAUUUGUAACACUCAGAAAGGAUGGGGAGCGUGAAUUCAUGUUUUAUCGUAAUCCUAGUGCUGAUAUGUUGCUCCAAGUAGCUGAACUUGAUCUUGAUUUGAUUAAGAAGGCCAAAGUUUUCCAUUAUGGUUCUAUAAGCUUGAUUACAGAACCUUGCAAAUCGGCCCACAUUGCUGCCGCAAAAGCUGCAAAAGAUGCUGGUGUGAUCUUAUCGUAUGAUCCAAAUUUGCGGCUUCCAUUGUGGCCAUCAGCAGAAAGUGCUCGAGAAGGCAUCCUUAGCAUAUGGGACAUUGCUGACAUAAUUAAGAUAAGUGAGGACGAGAUACGCUUUUUAACCCAAGGGGAAGAUCCAUAUGAUGACAGUGUCGUUCGCAAAUUAUACCAUCCGAAUCUUAAAUUACUCCUAGUUACCGAAGGCCCAGACGGUUGCAGAUACUACACCAAGGAGUUCAAUGGAAGAGUUAAUGGUUUGAGAGUGGAUUGCAUUGAUACAACAGGUGCCGGGGAUGCAUUUGUAGCUGGAAUUUUAUCACAGAUAGCUGCUGAUAUCUCACUGCUUCAGAACGAAAACCGACUGAGAGAUGCUCUGAGAUUUGCUAACGCUUGUGGUGCCUUGACUGUGACCGAAAGAGGUGCAAUUCCAGCUUUGCCAACUAGAGAAGCUGUGCUUAAUGCCCUACUCAAGUCGGUAGCAUAG